CGGGCGCUCCGCAGCUCGAGGGUGUCCGUGUUGCUCGUCCCGCAGAAGAACCCUGGAGGCGGAGCGGGGGGCUCUUCCUUCUGACCAAGCGGGAGUGGCUGGCUGCGAGGCUCCCCUUUAAGAGGGGGUCCCCCCAGCCCUUCGGAGAGCUGCCAGAGGCCGGGAGCCGCUGGAGUUUCCUCCGCUUCGCUUCUCCUGCAGUCUUUGGCCGCGCCAGAGGUUUCCUGCCGGGACUCUGCCGGCUGCGCUCUCGGGGCUUGGAGGCUUCCCCGGAGUUGUUCCCGGCACCGCAGCUCCUCUUAGGCGGGAGUUUCUCCGAGGAGAAGCGACAACAGAUGGAAGGUUUUAGUUAGAGAAACGAGCGGAAACGGGCAAGAGAGAUGCUGUGGCGGAGGAGGGAAGCCGGCAUCUGCCCCAACUCGGCUUACAAGCAACGGAUCCAAAGAUCCAAAUUACGUUCGGGGAACUUCAUCAACCGAGGCUGUUUUCCCUCUUAAACAAAAAGGGAGACAAAUUAAGUAGAAUGCAACAGGCCAAGUCACACCUGGAUGACAUGUUCCUUUUCUAUCCAGGAGGCUACACAUAGCCCUCUGAGGAGCCACAGCUUUGCUCCUGCAAGCCUCUCCCCCCCUCUUCUGCAGAGCCGGGAGGCCAAAGUGCAGCUCACCUUGAACCCCCAAAGUGGGGAGAAGGCUGGAGGCAGCCGGGGAUCAGCCACCCCUCUUCGGGAUAACCCCAACAACCUCAAUCUCCCACCAGCCUUCGGCCUGCUCCCCUGGAGGACGUGCCCUGGUCUGGGCCACCUGGUGGAGGCAGAAGGACAGCAGCUGCCAGCCGAGGUUGGUGUGAGGACUGACCCCCUGGAGAGGUUCACAUGCCUGGAUUGCCACAAGCCCUACAGCACGUUUUCCGGCCUUGCCCGGCACCAGCAGCAGCACUGCAAGCCGCAAGCCGCAGCAACAACCAGGUUCUUCAGCUGCAAAUACUGCAACAAGGGGUAUACCAGCUUGGGGGCCCUCAAAAUGCACAUCCGGACUCAUACGCUACCCUGCGUGUGCAAGAUUUGUAGCAAAGCCUUUUCCCGGCCUUGGUUGCUACAGGGCCACAUCCGGACACACACAGGUGAAAAGCCCUAUUCCUGCUCCCACUGCAGCCGAGCCUUUGCCGACCGCUCCAACCUCCGUGCCCACCUGCAGACGCACUCGGAGAUCAAGAGGUACCAGUGCUGUACCUGCUUAAAGACCUUCUCCCGGAUGUCACUGCUUUUGCGGCACAAGGAGGCUGCCUCCUGUGCCACAACCACCUGAGUCUGGCAGAGAGAACAUGGCUGUUCCUCAGCAGGAGAAGCUUUGGAUGAGUGAAGACCUGCAAUCUGGAGGCUGGUUGCAUCCUGCAGCAGGAAUCGGUUAUCUGACUGUGUGUACCUUCACUCCAAAUAAAGAAGUAAAAGGAAUUGUGUCCUCA